GCGGGGCCGGCCCGCGGCCAGGAAAAGCUGGCAGGCUGACAGGCGACCUCAGGACGGACUCUCUGGCUACUGACCGUUUUGCUGCAUCCCCAGGACUGUGCAAGCGCGAGACCCACCAUGAGCUCCGUGGCGGUGCUGACCCAAGAGAGCUUCGCUGAGCACCGGAGCGGGCUGGUUCCACAGCAGAUCAAAGUUGCCACUCUGAGCUCGGAAGAGGAGAGCGACCCUCCGACCUACAAGGAUGCCUUCCCCCCGCUCCCCGAGAAAGCGGCCUGCCUGGAGAGCGCCCAGGAGCCUGCUGGCGCCUGGGGCAACAAGAUCCGGCCCAUCAAGGCCUCUGUCAUCACUCAGGUGUUCCACGUGCCCCUGGAGGAGCGCAAGUACAAGGACAUGAACCAGUUCGGGGAGGGCGAGCAGGCAAAGAUCUGCCUGGAGAUCAUGCAGCGCACGGGCGCUCACCUGGAGCUGUCGCUCGCCAAGGACCAGGGCCUGUCCAUCAUGGUCUCCGGGAAGCUGGACGCUGUCAUGAAGGCCCGGAAGGACAUCGUGGCUCGGCUGCAGACCCAGGCCUCCGCCACGGUGGCCAUCCCCAAGGAGCACCACCGCUUCGUCAUCGGCAAGAAUGGGGAGAAGCUGCAGGACCUGGAACUGAAAACUGCCACCAAGAUCCAGAUCCCGCGCCCGGACGACGCCAGCAACCAGAUCAGAAUCACCGGCACCAAGGAAGGCAUCGAGAAGGCGCGCCACGAGGUCCUGCUCAUCUCCGCUGAGCAGGACAAGCGCGCAGUGGAGCGGCUGGAGGUGGAGAAGGCCUUCCACCCCUUCAUUGCCGGCCCGUACAACCGGCUGGUGGGCGAGAUCAUGCAGGAGACCGGCACGCGCAUCAACAUCCCCCCGCCCAGUGUCAGCCGCUCCGAGAUCGUCUUCACUGGGGAGAAGGAGCAGCUGGCCCAGGCCGUGGCGCGCAUCAAGAAGAUUUACGAGGAGAAGAAAAAGAAGACCACGACCAUUGCGGUGGAGGUGAAGAAGUCCCAGCACAAGUACGUCAUCGGGCCCAAGGGCAACUCCCUGCAAGAGAUCCUGGAGCGGACGGGCGUCUCCGUGGAGAUCCCGCCCUCAGACAGCGCCUCCGAGACUGUGAUCCUGCGGGGCGAACCCGAGAAGCUGGGGCAGGCGCUGACCGAGGUCUACGCCAAGGCCAACAGCUUCACGGUGUCCUCCGUCUCGGCCCCUUCCUGGCUGCACCGCUUCAUCAUUGGCAAGAAAGGGCAGAACCUGGCCAAGAUCACUCAGCAGAUGCCAAAGGUACACGUCGAAUUCACAGAGGGCGAGGACCGGAUCACUCUGGAGGGCCCCACGGAGGAUGUCGGUGUGGCCCAGGAGCAGAUCGAGGCCAUGGUCAGAGAUCUGGUCAGCCGCAUGGACUACGUGGAGAUCAACAUCGACCACAAGUUCCACCGGCACCUCAUUGGGAAGAGCGGCGCCAACAUCAACAGGAUCAAGGACCAGUACAAGGUGUCCGUGCGCAUCCCGCCCGACAGCGAGAAGAGCAGCCUGGUGCGCAUCGAGGGCGACCCGCAGGGUGUGCAGCAAGCCAAGCAAGAGCUGCUGGAGCUUGCCUCCCGCAUGGAGAACGAGCGCACCAAAGACUUGGUCAUCGAGCAGCGCUUCCACCGCACUAUCAUCGGGCAGAAGGGCGAGCGGAUCCGCGAGAUCCGGGACAAGUUCCCAGAGGUCAUCAUCAACUUCCCAGACCCGGCGCAGAAGAGUGACAUCGUGCAGCUCAGGGGGCCCAAGAACGAGGUGGAGAAGUGCACGAAGUACAUGCACAAGAUGGUGGCCGACUUGGUGGAGAACAGCUACUCCAUUUCCGUCCCGAUCUUCAAGCAGUUUCACAAGAACAUCAUUGGGAAGGGGGGCGCAAACAUCAAAAAGAUCCGGGAAGAAAGCAACACCAAGAUCGACCUGCCGGCGGAGAACAGCAACUCCGAGACCAUCGUCAUCACGGGCAAGCGCGCCAACUGCGAGGCCGCCCGCAGCCGCAUCCUGUCCAUCCAGAAAGACCUGGCCAACAUCGCCGAGGUGGAGGUGUCCAUCCCUGCGCGGCUGCACAACUCGCUCAUCGGCACCAAGGGCCGCCUGGUCCGCGCCAUCAUGGAGGAGUGCGGCGGCGUCCACAUCCACUUCCCCGUGGAGGGCUCCGGCAGCGACGCUGUGGUCAUCAGGGGCCCGUCCGCGGACGUGGAGAAGGCCCGGAAGCAGCUGCUGCACCUGGCGGAGGAGAAGCAAACCAAGAGUUUCACCGUCGACAUCCGAGCCAAGCCCGAGUACCACAAGUUCCUCAUCGGCAAGGGGGGCGGCACGAUCCGCAAGGUGCGGGACAGCACCGGGGCCCGUGUCAUCUUCCCAAGCGCCGAGGACAAGGAGCAGGACCUGAUCACUGUCGUGGGGAAAGAGGAGGCCGUGCGUGAGGCCCAGCGGGAGCUGGAGGCCCUGAUCCAGAGCCUGGACAACGUGGUCGAGGACUGCAUGCUCGUGGACCCCAAGCACCACCGCCACUUCGUCAUCCGGAGGGGCCAGGUCCUGCGGGAGAUCGCGGACGAGUAUGGGGGCGUGAUGGUGAGCUUCCCGCGCUCCGGCACGCAGAGCGACAAGGUCACCCUCAAGGGCGCCAAGGACUGCGUGGAGGCCGCCAAGAAGCGCAUUCAGGAGAUCAUCGAGGACCUGGAAGCCCAGGUGACCAUCGAGUGCGCCAUCCCGCAGAAGUUCCACCGUUCGGUCAUGGGCCCUAAAGGCUCCCGGAUCCAGCAGAUAACGCGCGACUUCAACGUGCAGAUCAAGUUCCCAGACAGGGAGGAGAACCCAGCGCCCAGCGCAGAGCCGGCCGUGCAGGAGAACGGGGACGACGCCGGGGAGGGCAGGGAGGCCAGGGAGGCAGAGCCCGGCUCCCCGCGGAGGCGCGACAUCGUCACCAUCUCCGGCCGCAGGGAGAAGUGUGAGGCCGCCAAGGAGGCCCUCGAGGCGCUGGUCCCCGUCACCAUCGAGGUGGAGGUACCCUUUGACCUCCACCGGUACGUCAUCGGGCAGAAGGGGAGCGGCAUCCGCAAGAUGAUGGACGAGUUCGAGGUCAGCAUCCACGUGCCGGCGCCCGAGCUGCAGUCCGACGUCAUCGCCGUCACCGGCCUGGCCGCGCACCUGGACCGGGCCAAGGCCGGCCUCCUGGAGCGGGUGAAGGAGCUGCAGGCUGAGCAGGAGGACCGGGCUCUGAGGAGCUUCAAGCUGAGCGUCACCGUCGACCCCAAGUACCACCCCAAGAUCAUCGGGAGGAAGGCCGUGAUCACCCAGAUCCGCCUGGAGCAUGAUGUCAGCAUCCAGUUUCCCGACAAGGACGACGCCACCCAGCCCCAGGACCAGAUCACCAUCACCGGCUACGAGAAGAACACGGAGGCCGCCCGGGACGCCAUCCUGAGGAUCGUGGGCGAACUCGAGCAGAUGGUCUCGGAGGACGUCCCGCUGGACCACCGUGUCCACGCCCGCAUUAUCGGUGCCCGAGGCAAAGCCAUCCGCAAGAUCAUGGAUGAGUUCAAGGUGGACAUCCGCUUCCCCCAGAGCGGGGCCCCAGACCCCAACUGCGUCACGGUGACGGGGCUCCCGGGGAACGUGGAGGAGGCCAUCGACCACAUCCUCAACCUGGAGGAGGAAUAUCUGGCCGACGUGGUGGACAGCGAGGCGCUGCAGGUGUACAUGAAGCCGCCUGCCCACGAGGAGUCCAAGGCGCCCUCCCGGGGCUUCGUGGUGCGGGACGCACCUUGGACGGCCCACGGCAGUGACAAGGCCCCUGACAUGAGCAGCUCUGAGGAGUUUCCCAGCUUUGGGGCGCAGGUGGCCCCCAAGACCCUCCCCUGGGGCCCCAAACGAUAAUGAUCAAAAGCCGGCGCCGCCAGCCGCUGAGCAAACUGCCCUGUGCGGUUUUUCUCGACCUGACCAGCGGCUGGACACUCUGCACCGCCGACGCCCCUCCCCGAGGUCUCACAGCGAAGCCGGCAGCGCCGUGGCAGGUCCGGCCCAGCCCCUGCUCGGCCUGACGCCCGCCAGGCCGCCACUGUGGUCAGCCCCCCGGAGCUCGGGCGCAGGGUCAGGCCCAGCCCGGCCAGCAUGUCCAGCAGGCGGCCCCCUCGGCAGGCCUGGUCGGCUUCCUGUGUCACGACCUCAGGAAAUAAACUUCCUUGACUUUAUAAAAGCCAGACGUCUCCCCAUUCUUGC